UCAUCUCUGCAAUGGAGAACGACGCCGGAAGCCUCAGAAGUGAAAGAUAUGUCUUGUGUGAAUAGAAAUCUCGUGGCUUUGGGGCUUGGUUAUCUCUCAGAAAGUACUGAUUUCCCUUCUUUAUUAGAUCAGCUGAUAAAGAUACUGCUUGAGGAGAAAGGCAGUGAGAAGUUUGCUUCAAAGUAUAAUGUGGCCAUAUUCAUUGAGCUGGAGUCAGCUGCCCUUAUAUUCAGUGCAGCAGAUGUUGAACUUAUAUUUGUUGCUUUGAAAAAUGUUUUUCAAGAAUGUACAAAAGAAAACUCUCCACUUCUUCAUGGUCAAUGUAUUUUGUCCAUGACAACUGUUCUGUUGCAAGCAUUUGAGAAGGUGAAUGAAGAAGAAUUAGGGGUACUGUUUACAGAGCAUAUUGAGUUCCUCUUGGGUUUAGUGAAUCAGACAAAUAAUGUGAACAACAUCCACAUACGUUCCAUUGCUGCCAGAUGUCUUACUGAAAUAGAAAUCUGCUUUCCUCAAAUCCUGAAGAACUGUGUUGACAGUUUGUACAUGGCAGCAGUUGUGGAAACAUCAAUAGCACAUCAGUGUUACAUGUCACUUCUGGCCCUAGUUAUCAGUCAUUCUAUAGCUGACAAAAUAAAUGAAACUUCUUUAUGGGGCAAAUACCCUAAUACUCAGUGGAAAUCCAAUUUUAUUCAACAAGAAGGUGACACCCUCAUCACAGGAUAUACAGAUUUAAAAGAGAUGGUGUCUUUCCUAGUAGAUCAGCUACCUCUGUGUUCAACUGAAGGUGUAGCCUGGAUAACAAUGCAGAUUAUUGACAUGAUGCUGCACAAGCCAGAUCUUCAAGCAUCUGCCCAAGUCUUGAAACCACUGGUACUUCAUUUUUCAAACACAUAUAGUACAGUGGCUGGUCAUGUUGUUUUUCUGCUUGAGAAACAUUUAGGGAAUUUAAUUUUUCAAGAAAAGGAUAUGAUACAACUUCUGCAGCAGUUGCUCCUAAAUUCAAGCCAUCCAUCUCUAUCAGCUUCUACACGUCUUCUCUACUUGGAUUGGCUCAGUGAUUAUCUUUCCAGGAGACCUGAAAAAAUAGCUAGUAUACAAGAUGUUAACUUUGUUUUGCCUGGCAGCUUUGAUGGGCCAGAAACACAUCUAAAAAAGUUGAAGCUGUUAAGUUCUCUUUUAAAAAAUAAGAAAGAGUCCUCAGUACCACUUCUGCAUGCACUGGCCACAUUACAGAAACAAAUGAAGUGUAAAUCAUCCAUCAAACUAAAAUCAGCACUGAUAAAGGUCUUGUACAGAUAUUUAUGUGACCAUCAUAAUGUAGAUAUGUCUGCUGAAGUACCAAGAAUACUUGUUGCUGUAACUAAAGAAGAUAUAUCAUUUGUUCCAUUUGUAUUGAAUUUCAUCCAUUGUGUGCAAGAUAUUUUACCAAAAUCAUCUGUUCCAUCUUGUCUUCUUACAUCACUUGUAAUGGCAUUUACUCAGCCUGAUAGUGCAGCCACACUUGCUACAUUCCACUUUGUUCUGGAUAUAUUCCUGAUGGCAGUUACACAGGACUUAUGCAUCUGUCAGCCAAAGGCAAUAUUAAACUACCUGAUGAAAUAUAUUGUGUGUGAGGAGGUAUGUGGAUUAUUAAGCUGGAUGCUUGGUCACCAGAUUCUGUCUUUGUGCUUCAAGCUGAUGAGCAAUUAUGACACAGUUGUGUUUUUCUAUGAGCUGUGUGAAGUGUUGAAAAUGUUUAUGGCCAAUUCUGAAGAUGUUGACCUUCUGGACAGAGCUCACAUAUACCAUUCUCUCUUAGUCUCCUUAUCAAAUAAAAAGUUGAAGGAAGUGUUCGUAUCACCAAAACAAAGUAUUAUGGCAAGUGAAAAUACAUUUCAUUCCGCAUCUGCCAUCUGCAAAUUGGAUGAGCCUAUCCUACACCUGAAGAAAGAAAGAAGAGCCACAAUGCAAUCCCCAGAGAAGUUAAUUCUUGAAACAAAUCUAGAUAUUCCAGAAGCAGAUAUACUGAAACUGUAUGCAAAUAAUAUAUCAUUUGUGGCUCAGAAACCUCUCAUCAUAAAAGGAAGACUAAGCACCACAUCCAGAUGUAAUGUAAAAUUACAGCCAAUUCAAGCCCUUGCCAUUUUCUUCACUGCUCCAGAGGCUUGGGGUAGAAUUGAACCAAUUAUGAUUGGCCAUUAUGCAGUGAAGAAUUCUUCUGAAUAUUCUGAAUCACCACAUAUUGUGGACAUUGAAUGUUUCCUUUACAAGCCUUAUCCUGCUGUCAUACAAGUCCGUGCUGACUUUAGCAUUCAUAAUGUGUGCCAUAUGUGCACUUUGGAGCCAUUAAGUUUGGAUUUACCAGACUUUUUUCAACCACUACCAGUACAUGAUGAAUUUAUUUCUGCAUCAGUUGUAUGGAGAAGAGCUCUGUUUCACAGUCUGUGGAAUUCUCUUGAAGAGGAAUCUCUUACAGUAAGCAAUGCAGCAUUUACAUCUGUCUGCGUGCUGCAACAAUCCAGGGAAGAUUUGAGAGCAAAACUUUAUGAAGAAUUACAUGAAUGUAUUGUUGAAGAAAAUAAAGAUUUUUUCCAUGUUGGAAUUUACUUGUUCCCAACAAGCCACCUUCUUAUGAAGUUCUUGUUCAAAUGUGGCAGCACUCUAGUUAGGAUAGUCACUGAUGAUGUCAAUAUUUUAGCCCAUGUCAACAGCUAUUUUAAGACGUGGCUGUAAGAAUGGCAUGGAAGAGGAAAGUAUGUUUGCAGCUCUUGUGUGGUGUCCAGGUAGAAUUGACGCACCAUCCAAUUUCCUCUGCCAAGUGUGCUUCUCAGAUGAGGCAACGUUCCAGGUCAGUGGAAUUGCAAACAGGUACAAGU